GGAGAGAAAAAGAUGAAAAUAGAUUCUGAGUACGACAGUUUGAGCGGCAGUACGAGGAGGCGCGGGUAUCAGUGUCAGUGUCAGUCUCUCACCUCAGUGGUUGACAAGACACGGGGAAGAGAGGAGGAUCCUACGGAGUGGACGGCAGGUCGAACUAAAGCCCCGCACGGUGUUGAGUUUGGCGCCGCGUCCCUGCUAAAGGAAAGGAAAAGGAGAGAAAGAAAAGAGGAACUAAGAAAAAACAAUAGUAGAAAAUAACAUUAACUAAAGAAAGAGUCCACCAACACAAAACCCAGACUCAAAAACCAAGAAUACGUGAACCAAACAACAAAAUCUCAAACCAAAACAAACUUCAACACAAAACCGUCAAGCCAAAUCCGCAAUCAUGGGUUUAGUGCAUGACAUCUUCGAGAAGGUGUUGAUGGUGAUUCUGGCCCUCGUGGCUCUCCUCACAUCCCUCCUCUACGGCAUCGAGAACCUCAUUUGCUCCUUUAUACCCAAGAAAUUCCGCCGCAAGAACAUCGAGGGACAGGUGGCGCUAGUGACGGGCGGCGGGUCGGGCAUCGGGCGGCUGCUGUGUCUCCGGCUGGCCGCUAGGGGCGCUCGGGUCGUCACCUGGGAUGUAAACAAAGGGGGUAAUGAGGAGACGGCGCGGCAGGUUCAGGCGGCGGGCGGGCAGUGUCACACCUACACCGUCGACCUUUGUGACCGACACGCCGUCUACGCUGCCGGCGCCAAGGUCAAGCAGGAGGUCGGAAAGGUGGACAUCCUCAUCAACAACGCCGGCAUCGUCACGGGCAAGGACUUCAUGGAGGCGCCCGACGAGCUCAUCCAGAAGACCUUCGACGUCAACAUUAUGAGCCACUUCUGGACCACUAAGACCUUCCUCGGGGACAUGAUCGCCAGCAACAAGGGCCACGUCGUCACCAUCGCCUCCAUCGCCGGCCUCGCGGGGGUCAACAAGCUAGCCGACUACUGUGCCUCCAAGUUCGCCGCGGUGGGCUUCGACGAGUCUCUGCGAAUUGAGCUGAAGGUGGGCGGCUACACAGGUGUCAAGACUACCUGCAUCUGCCCUUACUACAUCAGCACGGGGAUGUUUGACGGCGUGCAGUCCAAACUCAUCCCCAUCCUGAAGCCGGAGUACGUGGCCGAUCAGAUCAUGGACGCGAUGCUGCUCAACUACCACGACCUCGUCAUCCCAGGCUUCUGCCGCUACCUGGUGCUGCUGAAAUUCAUCCUGCCUUACGAGGGGGCCUACAAGCUGUACAAGGCGUGUGGGGGUCACCUCACCAUGUCGGACUUCCAGGGACGGGCCACGAAGCAAGACGAGAAGAUCUUGAAGAACGGGACGCAAGACAAGCUCCUCAACAAGAAGAGUAUGGCCUGAGAGGUGUGUGUGAGAGACUGUUCGUGUGUAGCUGUAGCUGUAAGGGACUUGUCGGGUGUAGUUUCGAACCUUUGAGAAUGUGUAUAACUCUAUCGUCGUAAUUGAAGGAAGGUUGCAUCAGUGUGUGUGUUUCUACGUGUGUGAAUGUGUGUGUGUUUGUGUAAGGGAUUUCUGGGGUGUAAUUUUGACCCUUUUGAGAAUGUGAAUGCAUGUGUAGCUAGUAUGUAUUUCUCUUCAUUUUCGUCGUAUUUGAAGGAUGGUUACGUUGCUGUGUGUGUUUCAACGUGUGUGAAUGUGUGUGUGUUUGUGUAAGGGGUUUCUGGGGUGUAAUUUUGACCCUUUUGAGAAUGUGAAUGCAUGUGUAGCUAGUAUGUAUUUCUCUUCAUUUUCGUCGUAUUUGAAGGAUGGUUACGUUGCUGUGUGUCUCUCUGAGUGUGUGAAUGUGUGUGUGUGUUUGUAUGAGGGAUUUUUCGCCAAUUUCUUGGGUGUAGUUUUUGACCUUUGAGAAUGUGAAUGCAUGUGUCACUAUCUCUCUUCAUCAUCGUCGUAAUUGAAGAAUGGUUACGUUGCUGUGUGUUUUUCUGAGUGUGUGAAUGUGUGUGUGUGUGUGUGUGUGUGUGUGUGUGUCAUGGUGGUACGAAGAGAGAAGAGUCCAGGAUACCUUCUUUUAAGUGCUUCAGGAAUAAUAAUAAAUAUAAUACUCAAGGGGUACAAAUGCAAGCUCUUCCGUCCCUCCCUCCUGCCCUGCCAUGUAUUAACCCUCACGAGCCACGCCGCACCACUAAUGGAUAACUUGCCAUAUGAAACUGUUCCCAUGCCCAACAAAACCAAGACCAAUGUUAUUAACCCCUACAGGACGGGCCGGGUUGUAAUUUCCCGUCUCGCCAUACAGGCAAACACGCGUCAAUCUCUUAUUUUCAUCGACAUUCACUUUAUCAAUUCUCUUUAAACCCCCCCUGUAACCCAAUAUCUCCUCCUCUCUGUAUUAUCCUCGUUCUGCCUAGCCUGCCCUCACAACCCUCUUUACCGAGCUGUAUUUCAUUGUCGUAUUGAAUUUAUCAUAAGGGAAGCACGGUCCAUAGACUCCAUACAUCAUCACGCCUCCACUCUGUAUCACCCUCGUAUUAUACUCGUUCUGCCUUGCCUGCCCUCACAACCCUUUUUGCUGAGCUGUAUUUCACUACCAUAUGCAGCUUGUCAUCAGGAAGGCUUAGUCAGUAUGCCAUCCACCUCCUGUACUUCAUAUUAACCUCAUACAAAUGUGGACUGCCUGCCUCCUGGAUGCUGCUUAGUUGGGAGGUAGAGGGGAGAGGUCCUUUUGUAGCUUGUAGACCAGCACUCGUGUCCUUCCCUUCCUCCUUGCGAGUUGCUGCUCUCAUUCACCUCUUUGGGAGACUCAUCGACUUGUACUUCUAAUUAAACAUACAGUGGUCUUAAAUCUAAUCUACAAGGUACUUUUAAUUAAACAUAGAGUGGUCUUAAAUCUAAUCUUUCAAGGUACUUUUAAUUAAACAUAGAGUGGUCUUAAAUCUAAUCUUUCAAGGUACUUUUAAUUAAGCAUUCAGUGGUCUUAAAUCUAAUCUACAAGGUACUUUUAAUUAAACAUACAGUGGUCUUAAAUCUAAUCUACAAGGUACUUUUAAUUAAACAUACAGUGGUCUUAAAUCUAAUCUACAAGGUACUUUUAAUUAAACAUAGAGUGGUCUUAAAUCUAAUCUACAAGGUACUUUUAAUUAAACAUACAGCGGUCUUAAAUCUAAUCUACAAGGUACUUUUAAUUAAACAUAGAGUGGUCUUAAAUCUAAUCUACAAGGUACUUUUAAUUAAACAUACAGUGGUCUUAAAUCUAAUCUACAAGAAUCCUUUGAACUGUUAACAUUAUACACUUCUAAAUACUUAUUGACUUCAUACCAAGGCUUCAUUAUAAACUGUAUGACUAUUGACUUAUUUUUUGUACUCUUGUCAUUGUACAUACUUAUAACGAAAUACGUCUACUGUACUUUUAAAUAACUGAAUGUUCGGUACUGAGGUCUUUUAUCUAAUCUACAUAUCUACUUUGAUUUGUUA